AUGCGAUACGAAAUCGACACCGAGCUGUUUUUCCGCUUCGGUGCGGACAGCAAUGGCGACGGGAAAGUCACCUGCGCCGAACGGAAAGCGUCUUGCUCCCGCUGGCGCCCCGCGUUACCAAGCAACAAGACCGCGCAGUACGUGGGCGAGGGCUCGCUUCUCCAGAAAUCAGAGUCAGACGAUGAAAGCGGGAAAUCAACAGACGAGGAAAGCGAGAAGGCGGCGGGGCGGCGGUGGUUCUCUUGGGGCGAGGACGAAUCCUGGGGGAACUCCGUCUGGAGAUACUUGUGUUGCAGGGAAGCCUGCAGCAAUGGUGACUCGGGAACCGAGCAGGUGAUCGAAUCGGGGGACGGCACCACGUUGAGCGACAUCGGAUCGGUGUCGGAGAUCCAGGGGGGCUGCGAAGGCUGUGGGGCCUGCUGUGGUUCCUUCUGCGAUUGCGAUUAAAUAAGUAUUCAAAGCGCACCCGUGGGCGUUGCGCAAUGUACGAUGGAUGCGUCGCCUGCUGCUGCCCUUCUUUGAUUUCAUUGGGUGUAAAGUUGAUUCCUCGUUUUUUUUUUCCGCGCACGGCGCCAGGCUUGAUUGGUUAUUUCGUGUGUUAGUGCUUAACUAUGAAUGAUGAGUGUCUCCAGGUACGCAAUUAUAGCAUUUUUGAUAACUCCUGCGCGAUACAGCGAAAGUGUUUUUUCUGAGCUCCUUACUUGGGGACGAAGCAAUGCGAAGCAGGCGCACCCAAAUAAUCGACACGAGGGGCAAUUGGCAGUGGUGGCAGAAGUUUUUACAAGAAUUUAGCCUCCUUGAAGUGGUGGCAGGAGGCACAAGCCUCCUUGUGGACAAUGCGUUUAUUUAGUGGUGUUCGAUGCAACCUAGAAUCAGCUUUAGAGUGCAACACUGAAGAACCAGGUGUAGCAAUGAGAUCCCCUGAGAUUCGUCGACCGUUCUGCUGCCGUGCGAUCUUGUUUUCUGUUCCUGAAGGAAAAGCGAAGAGAUCCUGAGAAAUGAAAGUGCCUCAGGUGUUUGAGAAACGACAUUAAAGGAGCGCUAUCUGAAUAGCCGAUCCGCGCAAAUUCCUUCCACGAUCUCAGGCAGUUUUGAUCAACAUUCACCGCGCCUUCUGUAGAUCUGC